AACACCUGAACUUUGAUCUGAGGCAGCUUUUUAAAGCCACACGAGACGGUUCAGCUGCCCUUCUGCUCCUUCUCCAGGUAGCCGCACAUCACACACCGAAGUGGGCGUGGGGAUAAAUGCGACGAGGGGAGCAGCAGGAAGCUAUGGCGACAGCUAUCCAAGCAGCAAUGUCUCCGUCCUGCCUGGAGUCUAACUGAGCUCUUGCGCUCCAGUUAGCUGCACUCAUGUGGUCAUCACCCAUCUAGGCGUAUUUCCUGAGAUUGAAUCUGUUGCACCAGAUGGAGUGGGAUCCUGCAGAAGAGGCUGAUGACUUUGCACCAGUGUGGACAACUGGCUCCUACAGCAUACCCGAGUCUCGUCAGUCGAAGCCAAGAACAAGCAACAUCUCAGAACAAGAGUUCUCGUGUCACUGCUGCUACGAUAUUUUGGUCAGCCCCACCACUUUGACCUGCGGCCAUAACUUCUGCCGCCACUGUUUGGCUCUGUGGUGGGAGUCCUCGCAUAAGCAUGAAUGCCCAGAGUGCAGAGAGAAGUGGGAAGGCUUUCCUAAAAUCAACAUACUGCUGAGGGAUGCGACCGAAAAGCUCUUUAGAGAGGUUGUGGAGCGAAGGAGAGCAGAAAUCCAAGAGAACCCCAAAGUCUCCCGGAGCUUGUUGGCAUUUCAGAGGUAUGGCGACAGCUUGGGUAGACCUAAAGCAAACCAGCACAAAGGGGCAAGUUUCUUCUUCUCAGGAGUCCUAACUGCACUCACCUGUGUGGCUGUGGUGGUGUUGGUGUUUCACUGGGGCAGCGGGGUACUGGAGCAGCACGACCUGCUGAUCAGUAAACCAGUGGCUCACUGGACACCAGAGGAGGUGCUGUGUUGGUUGGAGGAUCUGGGCCUGUGGACUGAGCCCUACAGAAAACCCUUUCAGCAGGAGAACGUUAAUGGAAGGUUACUGCUGAUGCUGGGGGAAGAAGAACUGUUGAAAUCUCCGUUUAACAUAGAGAAUCCGGCCCACAGACGGGCUGUUGUGGCUGAGCUGGAAAGAAUUAAAGCACUGGGGGUCAAACCUCCACAGAACCUCUGGGAAUACAAAACGGCUAAUGCAGGAAAGUCUAUGUUCUUGCUGUACGGACUGAAGAGCUCCCCUCGUCUCACAAUCCUUUAUUUGUAUUUGUUCGACUAUUCUGAGACGUUUCUUCCCUUCCUGCACACCUGCUGUCCAACUAUGGCACACAUCGACACGCCUGUGGAGAGCAGAUAUCUGCACACACAGUUGGAACCCAGCUGGCAGCAGUGGGCGGAGUUCCUUGUGAAGUAUGCGUUGUUCCCGUAUGAGCUGAUAGCAGAAUUUUCUUGGGACUGGCUGGCUGUCCACUACUGGACAUCCCGUUUCAUCAUUGUGAACGCCAUGCUGCUGUCUCUGCUGGAGGCUUGUGCUGCGUGGAGACUCGGGACAACCGCCAGGAUCAGGACUCUGCCUCAAAAAAUGUGGAACCAUUUGUGGAAAGUGCUCUCUCAGGGAUUCGCCCUUGCCCUCCUGUGGCCUUUCAUUCCACAGUUUGUGUGCCACUGCCUCUUCUACUGGGCUCUCUACUUCAGUCCAAUCAUUAACAUCGACUUGGUGGUGCAACAAUUAAUGCACCCUGAAACGCGGGCACUGUAACAGAUGGCACAGAGCCUAAAUCAUGCUGCACAGUUUGCAGCUAAUACCAUGGAGUCUGACUGUUUUCAGCAGUAAACUCUGAUAAACCUAGCCUCAUUUGGUGUCCAGUCUUCCUGUCCUGCCUCUCUACGUGGGUGGCUGCCAUGUGGAACGAGAGCUGUCCUGUGGAGAACGAUGCCACUGAGACUCACUGUGAUGUUACAGAUUUUGACUGAUCUCUAAAGCAUAUUGACCAACUACAGGGCCUAAAUGAUGCCACGUCCAGUUCUGUCCUAGCUAAACCUUACAGAUUAGCCUCUUCAGCUGGUUUUGUAGCACUGACAUGGCUUUAGUUUUUUACGGCUACUAAAGAUGAAACAAAAACUAAGAAAUGUCUCCAUGGCGCACCUAGCUAAUGAGCAGUUGCGUCAAAAAUAUUUGCUUUAGUAUUUAGUUUCACUUUGAUGGAUCCGGACCUUCAGUGCAACAGGUAUCUCAGUGCUACAGAUCUGUAAUAGCUAUGUGCUAAAUAUUGGAGACUUGUUUAGGGAAACUUUACCAGCUUUUUUCCCCUUUAAGAUAAUUCCUCUUGCUUUAAGACUGUACAUAUGUUAAAGUUUAAGAUACUGAUACAAAUGGUUUAAAUUUUUUAUGAUUUUUUAAAAAGAAUAAAUUGUUUUAUAGUUCUCUGCACUGCAAUCAAAAGCUGUUGCACAUUUUUUACUGCUCAUAAAACAUUUUGUUGCAGCAUUGUUUUCAUUGUUGGACCAAGCUAAUUGAAGAUCAGAGCUCUUUGGGUUUUUUAAGUUGCACUUAAAACUGUGAAGUCCUUUUAUGUGUUCUAAUGACAAAGCUGUUUCUUUUUUGAUCUUAUAUUAUUGGACAAUAAAAUCAAAAUGGAUGAAAAUGCUGUUAUAGGACAUUAAAAAUAACUGCAGUUGAUUUUUAAUUGAGUUCUAUGGCUAAAUAAUAUGUGCUGCAUGUUAAUGUGUUGAGCCAAAAGGAAACUGAAUCGGGGUAAAGAAAUUUGGGGUUAGUUUGCGUUAAUUAUAACAGCAAAUCCAUUUCCUUUUUUUUUUUUUUUUUUUUUACUAGAUCUGAGCUAACAUUGUGGCAAAUUGUGACUUUCACAGUUCUUUAGGCUUUUUUUCUCAUUUUCUCAGUGUCUUGUAUCUGAGGACAGUUUAUCGUGCAGCAUGAAAAAAAAGGAAAGAGAACCAAAGAAGUCUAAAAAUCUAAAACAUGAGUUAAAAUGCAGCAGUAAAUAAAGCUUAUUUGCUCUAA